AUGCAGCUGGACAAGCGCACCGUGGAGGGCAUGCGGCGCAGAGUGCUUCGCUUGAAGCGCCGCCAGGACACCUGGAACGACGGCAACCGCUUGAAUAACUACUGCAAUCUUGUCCAGACUGCCUUCCACACUACGCCGCAAGCCAUCGCCGACGCAGCCACCACCUGGGCCGACGUAGUGAAGCACAUGACCAUUCUCCAGAACGAGGGCAUCCAGUCUCAUGACUGCACGGUCUUGGCAGUCGUGAAGAAGCACGUUUCGUCGUGUCAGGGGCUCGCGGACGUGGAGAAACUCCACAACCUUACAUCUCUGUGGCGCUCGAGAAUCACCCCACCGCCAAGCCCCACGACAGCGGGGAUCAUCGACUGUGGCUUCAACGAUUCGGUGAUGGUGGCCGAGUACAAGGCGUCCGUGUUCGAAGGCUUCGUCAUCCCCGUCGUUCGCAUGGGUGUGGAGGGGACCCCGCUCCUCCUUAAGUGGUGCCGCUUCGUUCUCGACGAACUCAAUGAGUGCGACUGGCUCGAGCUGAGCUCCAAGGUGUCUGCUGUUUCCAAGGAUGUGAUGGUCAUCGCGCAAGCUGCGACGGCCAUUGUCACGAGCACCUUUGACGAAGAUAACGUGGCGGUCAACGUUGUGCUCCAGCACAGGCAGUCUUCGGCCAACUCGCCGCUGGCCAUUAUCGCCGCAGCAAUGACGAAUGCCGAGUACUGGUCGGACAAGCUGGCCGCAACGGCAACUGUGGUGGCGAAUAUCACCCCCAUCUUGCCGAAGCUUGCAGGUGCGCUCGAGACACUGGUGUCGCUGCCUUCAGACCCCAUCGUGCGCCUGACGAAGGUGACUGAAUUGGUGAAGUUGUGCGUCCUUUGGUGCAAGCAGGUGCCGCUCCCGACCUUGGCGACCUUCUCUGACGGCCUGUACGCCGCCGUGAUUGACGCCACGGAGAUCGUCGCAGGCAAGCAGCCUGCACUUGAGGAGCUGACGCCGAAGUUGGACCUCCUGUCGGAAGCUUUCCUGGUGUGGCCUUCCAACGGCAAUCUCACCAAGCGCCACCAGGAGAUCGAGGAGGUCACGCAGAGCCUGCGCUGCAACGAGAAGUGGGCCACCAUCGACGCCGUGGUGGUGUCCACGCUUGUCGUCAUCAACCCACCCGCUGAAGCGGACCCCGCCCUGUUCGACAAUUUCCCGCCCCAGACCUUCCACGUCAUCAACCCCUUCCUGGAUGAGCUUACGAAGAUCUUGAACGUUUCGGUUGGCAUUAAGUUGUCGGAGGACCCAGAGCAAGCGAGCAGGGCGAACUCUCUGCUGGACAAGCUCGUCAAGACGCUGAGCUUAAACGUUACGGAUAGUGAGCAUGAUCUACAUUCGAUUAUUGCAGCCGUUCGGGAGAUGGCGAAGGUGGACGGUCUGGCUGAUUCCACAUGCAGGGAUAAAAUCAAGCUGUUCGAUCGCAUCUACAGCUUCGCCAAUACAUAUGGACCAGCACUCAACGGUUGGAAGGAUGCCGAGUGCAAGGCGGCUUACGCGCUUGACCAGAGCAUGUUCGAGACGAUGCUGCACGUGGACAGGGCGAGGGCCAAGCUCUCCAAGUACAUCGAGGAGCUGAAACCGAACACGGUCGUCCAGGGGGACCCCAUCAUUGCCAAGGUAGAUGAGAUGAUGGAGGCAUCCCGCAUCUACAUCAAGAACGUCCACGAGCAGCGCGUGAAGUCGCUGGGCAGCACGCUCCAGAAGGCGCAAGAGUCGCUGGAUAUCGUCAAGCACGGCGGCACGAACGGCGAGGCGUGGCACAAGGACCUGGACCCCGCUGCCGUCUCCAUCGAUGCGGUCUUGCAGAAAUCGACCGAGGUCCUCACCGCGCCGCGCAUCAGGGAGCUGAUCGCUGCAUUCGGUGCAGUUGCCAAGGCCGCCCGUGAUCAACCUGCUUGUGGGCGCCCCCCUGGGUUGACGAGUUGGAUUGUCCUGUCGAUGGGCGUCUUGGGCGGUGGUCGCGAGGCCAAGACCAGCUUCAAGGAUGCGCUCGAGGCCACUGGCGAUCGGCUGGGCGAUGCAGUUGAGAAGUUAGUGAUGGACCAGAUCCUAGCCGCCAAGGUGACGAAGGCAGAGGCGCUGAUCUGCGUCGCGAUGAGCUCCACUGCCAAGGGCCAGCAAUUGCGCGACAAGGUUCAGAACGAGCUGUUCGAGCUGAAGGCAUCGCUGCCGCAGGGGGUGAAAUGGAACGAAGUGCUCUUCCGUCCUCUCCAGAAGCCCGUUAAUAAGAUCAUCCAGGGCUGA